AUGUUGUAUUUGGUUGGCCUUGGUCUUUCUGACGAGACGGACAUUACCGUCAAGGGUCUUGAAGUCGUGAAGAAGGCUUCUCGGGUGUACCUCGAAGCGUACACUAGCAUCCUGCUUGUCGACCAGUCUGUCUUGGAAUCCUACUAUGGCCGCUCCAUCGUAGUUGCCGACCGUGAGAUGGUCGAGUCUAACAGCGACGAGAUCCUUCGCGAUGCCCAAAACGUCGACGUAGCCUUCCUAGUUGUCGGCGAUCCCUUCGGUGCGACGACCCACACGGACAUGGUCCUCCGCGCGCGCGAGCUCGGUAUCCAAGUACGGACCGUCCCCAACGCGUCCAUCAUGUCGGGCAUUGGCGCCGCUGGGCUCCAGCUCUACAACUUUGGCCAAACCGUCAGCAUGGUCCUGGAGAACAUGGCCCGCGGCAGGAAGAUCUACGAGCCGCCGCGCUACAUGUCGGUCGGCACUUGCGCACAGCAGAUGCUCGAGAUCGAGGAAGAGAAAGGACUGGGAGCUUAUGGGCCUGAAAGCUUGGCCAUUGGCGCUGCGCGGGUGGGCGGAAAGACGGAGAAAUUUGUCGCCGGUACGCUGAAGGAGCUCUGCGACGCCGAUGAAGAGCUUGGGCCCCCGUUGCACAGCAUGGUGCUCCUAGGGAGGAGGACACAUGAAUUGGAGCACGACUUUGUCCGCGAGUUUGCCAUCAACAAGGAAAACUGGGAUAGGAUAUGGAAGGCCGAGUACGAGGGCAGGCAGUAA